CAAAAUCAGAGAUGGCUGGAUACAAAGAGAAACCCUAAAACGUUGAUUCUAACUUCCGUCGAAUUUCGGUCCGAUUUUGGAGGUCCGGUGAUUUAAUAUCUUUUAUCUUUCCGGAUCCCCAAAUGAAUUCCACCUCCACAAGUCCACCAGUUUUGAUGGAGCCGCCGCCGAAUCCAGAUGUGUCGUGUGAGCCGUUUCAACAAGGCGAUCAAUCAGACAGUAAGCCUUUGGAGGAUGAUUACGAGGAUGAUGAGAUGUUGAGGAAGCCGUUUUAUGUACCUGAGUUGUUGAAUAAAGCGUUCAAGAAAGAAUUAGGCGGUCUCGGUGACACUGAUUCCGAUUGUUGCCGCCGGUGUAUAUGUCAAUGCCUCGGCCGUAAACUAUUGGUUAUUGCUAUCCAUUGUGUUUUCAUAGAAUCUGGCUUCAUAGGCUUUGAUAUGGACUCCAAGAGUGUAGUCAAAACAUUCCAAUUCCGGAAUGCUUGGCCUUCAGAUACUCGGGAUUUAUCCCUCUUUUACACACUUCGUCGCCGUCCGAGUAGUAGUAAUUUGGAGUGUCCUGUUGUUCAGUUGGACUUUGAUUAUCCCUCUAAGUAUAUGUCCCUGUUCGGAUACUUAUUACUGGAUUCUUCUGCAUGGACGACGACGACGACGAUGAGGAUGAGGCACGGGGUGCAGCUUAAUGAACUAGAGUCAGCAUCUUACUUUGGUGCCGUAUGGGCUAAUUGUGGCCCCGGACUGAAAGAUAAAAUCAGAACAGAUAAAGGUUCGAUGAGAUCCCCUGAGGAACAGGUGAUAGAAUUUUGGAGGGCAGUGAAAGACAAUCUUGCAUUGCCUUUCUUAACUGAUUUAUGUGAGGAAUUUGGACUAGAUCCCCUGGUGCCUUGCUUUAUGAUGCUGCCGACUGAUGUUAAACUAAAAAUCCUGGAGCUGUUGCGCGGUGACUAUGUUGCGAAACUCGGUUGUGUAUGCCAGGAAUUGCGAUCCUUGACCUCAAGUGAGGAUCUUUGGGAGCACAAGUGUAUACAAGAGUUUGGAGAUCGAUGUAAGGAACCGGGUCCUGCUGGAAGAGGCGGUUGGAAACAGAGGUUUGCGAGGUGUUGGAGAGCAACCCCAUGGUGGAGGAAGAUUCAGUGACAUGAAGGCUUUCGUCCACCUCCUUAUUUACCGCCGUGCUCUCCCCCGGAUACGUGGUGAAGUUCCUACAGUCAAUCUCCAAGGUUUGCAAUUGUUUGUUUAUUUAACCUCCUUUGGUAUUUUGAUUUCAGUCAUUAGCUGGGAAUUCUUUUGUCUACUACUAGUAGUCUACUAGUACCAACUUGGCGAGCUUUUAAAAUCCUGACCAUCGUUUGCCUAUUCGAGCUUAAAUUGUUGUUGAAGUGAUGCUCUUAAUUUUCUGCUACUUUGCAAUAAAACCUUAUGUAUGUUGCUCCAGAACCCAAGAGCUCAUGAAAUUACAC